CUUUGAACAGCCGGUUUAGCCGUUAGAGAGGAAGUUGUUCAGUUCGGUUGCUACAGCCUGGCUAACUUGCUAAAAAAGUAAACAAGUGUGUUGGCUGAGAUGAAUAUAAACAGCGUGGCAUUUGAACUAUGAAGGAAGACAAGGAAAACACUCGACCGACGGAGAAAAAAGUGGAGAUAAAGUGUGAAGAUGGAGAGAAGACGGAGAAGUGUAAAGAGAAGAAGGAGGCCAUGACAAAGAUUGUGAUCAGAAGAUUACCUCCUAGUCUGACUAAAGAAGAGUUGGAGGAGCAGCUGCAGCCUCUUCCAGAGGUGGACUACAUGGAGUUUUUCUCCAACGACACCAGCCUUUUCCCCCAUCUCUUCGCAAGGGCUUACAUCAGUUUCAAAAAUCAGGAGGACAUUGUUCUCUUCAGGGAUCGAUUUGAUGGAUAUGUGUUCAUAGAUAACAGAGGGCAGGAAUAUCCUGCUAUAGUUGAGUUUGCACCUUUCCAGAAGACAGCCAAGAAAAGAAGUAAGAAGAAAGAUUCAAAAUCUGGAACGAUUACUGAAGAUCCUGAUUACAAAAGGUUUCUUGAAUAUUACAAUGGUGAUGAAGAGAAGCUGACAUCCACACCUGAGACUCUGUUAGAGGAGAUCGAGGCGAGAUCGAAGGAACUUGAAGGCAAAAGAACAACUCCUCUCCUGGACUUCCUGAAGAAUAAACAGAGAAUGAGGGAAGAAAAGAAGGAGGAGAGAAGAAGGAGGGAGCUUGAGCGAAAGCGUCUGCGUGACGAAGAGCGUCGCAAGUGGAGGGAAGAGGAGAGGAGGAAACGAAAAGAGGUAGAGAAAAUGAAAAGACUCGAGAAACCAUUGGAAAAUAAAGAUAAAGACAAGGACCAGAUUAAAGAAGAACCAAAAAUUAAGCUCCUGAAGAAGCCAGACAAAAGUGAUGAUGGAGAUUAUGAAAAGCCCAAGGAGAAGUUCAAGAAACCAGAAAAGCCACAUAGAGAGGACAGAUCCUCAGGAAGCGCCGAUCAUAAGAGGAGGCAGAACUUUGAAAACAAGGAGGAUCGAGAAAGAAAAGGGAACGGAGACGGGAGGAAGGAGUUCAGGGAGCGCGACGUGGACCGGGGCAGGGAGCGUGAGAAGGAGCGGGAGCGUCGGCUGAGGGAGAAGGAGCGCAUCCAACGGCAUGACGAGGAGCGGCGGAGACGGAGGGAACAGCAGGACGGAGAGAACACGUCCAGAAAACGAGAGGAUGAGAUUAAAAAACAAAAGGCCUUGGAGAAGAGGAGGAGCGAAAACUCUGCAGAUUCCCCUCACUCUGAGAAGGUGGAGAAACCUGCCAGAGAGAACAAGAAGGAGGAGAGCAGUAAAAGGGAGAGAGUACGUAAUAAGGACCGGCCUGCCAUUCAGCUGUACCAGCCAGGGGCCAGGAGCCGCAACCGUACUGCAGGAGGAGGAGCCGAAUCCAGCUCUGCUGACAGGAUACCAGAUGAGAAGGGAAAUCCGCUGCUGUGCAGAACUACCGUGGUUCUCAAAAGUCUACACACACCUGAUACCAUGGCAGGUUUUUUAGAUAUAAAAAAAUGUGUCCAUGAUGAAUCCUUUUAAACUUUGAAAUGACGUAUUUCCUGAAUAGUUCAACCACAGUCAUACUACACUAUAAGCCACAAUAACUUGGUUGCCCAAGUGUACACAUCCUUAAACUCAACACUUUGUUGAAGCAUCUGAUUUAUUUGCAGAUUUCAGUCUUUGUCCGCCCUUCAGAUCAUGACUUGACAACCUUGCAAGGGCUUUCCAAAUCUAUUUGAUUUUGUCCACAGCCCACCUCAGAUGACCCCAAAGAUUUUGUCAGAUUUGAUUCUUAACUGUUUGUAGGCAGUUCCAAAACUUUCAUUUUCAUAUGCUGAAGCAAUGUAUUGAUUUGGAUGUAUUCUUGGACUCACUGUAAUGAGGCUAAAUUAAAUCCCUCUUCACCUCCAGCUUUCUCGCAGACAUACCUACAGGUUUUUGUUUUUCACUUAUAUUGUACAAGAUAUGUCAUAUUAAAGAUGGAAAACGUUUUGAAGCAAUAUAUCUAAUAUAUCUGUCUUGUUUUAUAUCAUAAAAACAUGGCAUUAUAACAUGGGUGGGUGAACUUUUUGGAUUCAGUGUAUUUCAUGGUUUGUCUUUCCAAGUAUAUGUGCUAAACAAUAAAACCUGCUCUUUUUGCUCUGGGAUUCUCAUGCAGUUGAUGGAGAAAGCCAUUUCAAACGGUACUGCCAUGUGACAUCUAUGCUUGCAUGAAGACUUCUUGUUCAGAGGGAUCAACACGUGGCCUUAACCAAUUUUUUUUAACUUGGAAUCACCUUAAACAUGAAUUUUUUUCCAACCGAGUACAGCAUUGGGGCAAAUCAUUGCUGGACAUACUAACAAAAUUACAAAAUUUUCGCCUGGAAAUAAAAAUAUUUGUUGAAGUCUA